AUGUCUUUCUCCCAAGAUUAUUAUUGCUACCCCAUCUUCACCUCCUACAGGAAUGACGUGCCCCUCACUCCUGAGCUAGGUAUCAUUGAAGCUAGUCAUGUCCGCGAUUUAUACUAUGUCUAUGCUAAUCGCCACAAUGACCACUACUCCCCAUACUCUGAGAAUCACCCAGACCCCUUAGAACGUCGUAUUCAUGCCAUGCCUGACAUUGAGGUCUUCCUUAUGGAUGAUGAUCAUCCCCCUCAAUGGUUCCUAGGUGUCGACCUCACUCACGCGUUGCAUGGGGCCUACACCCAUGCACUUUGUGUCUUUGGCGAAGCUGUCCAACCUGCUGGAUGGAAUCGUCGCGAGCCCUGGGCAAAUUACGACUACGCAACUGAGCUCGUCAAGAUUGGCUUUCCAUACAUCCCGCGUCCCAUUUGUUUCAAGGAGGACGUCUACCACUUCCCCGCCGAUUCCUUCCACGAGCUCCAGCAACAAGUACAUCACAACAACUUCUACGCGAUUUGCCUCAAUGCUCUGUCAAUUAUUAUCACUGCUACUAAACAGAUGGAGUAUAGUAACAUAGCCCAUGUUGGGUAUAUUCGCGGCUCCCCCGCCUGCGUUUCGGCGCAUCGUUUUUGGUGCCGUUUACAUGGUCACCCAGUAGUCGAACACUCCGAAGACGAUCUGUCUGACGCAGGGUAUCAAUUGCAGGAUUCCCUGUCAACAGAUACGACGGCGACAACGAAGCACUGGGACCAAUUACUCCGCCGCCUGAGAACGUUCCGCCGCCCCAGUUGGUGGAUUUUGCGGAAGUCCCCUUCGACUACGCCGCCUGGGGACUUCCCCUUCGACUACGCCGCCUGGGGACUUCCCCCUCGAGAAUCUUCCGAACAACCCGAAACGGCUUACCUGGGUUACCAGAACGGCAACUUGUUUACGGCUCCGGAAUACGCCCCGUUGCACGCCGCCAACGAAGCAGGCGAAUUCCCUGCUCCAGAAUACGCCCACGGCCACGAGCUCGACAUCGCUGCUCUCACGCAGCAACUCUCUUUGGUUGCCGUCGCGCAGAGCGUCGAAUCCGUCUCCCCCGGGUUCGGUAACGACUUCGUCGCUUCUGUUUGGGAGUGGCCGGGAGAACCAAACCCCGUCGUCGACUUGGGACCACCUGAAUGGCCCACCGUACCGCAGCAACAUACGCCGCCGUUCUCGUGGGAAGACCACUGGCACGAGGUUCACGCUCGCGACCUAGAGCUAGGUGACAACCAGGACAUCCACAUCGGCGGAGGGCUCGAAAUCGACUCGGAGCAUAUCAUUCGCCCUCUCCCCGUCGUCACUAACUGA